UCCCCAGCAGGGACACCUCCAGGGUCCGCACUUGGCCUCUUUACCGGGAAGACAGCCCAGGAGGGGAAGGCAGUGGGCAGCACAGACCUAUGGAGAGCCCCUCACAAGCUCCCCACAGUGGGGGCAGCCUCUGGAAGGGGCUUCUGCUCACAGCCUCCAUCCUCAGUGACUGGAUCCAGCUGACAUCUGCCCAAAGUGAUUCCGUCAGUGUUGUGCCAAACCCACCCUAUGGGGCAGUGGGCAGCAGCAUCACCUUGGACAUCCAGGGGUCCUCAGAGCAGACUCCCAGCUACACUUGGUACAGAGGGGCAGUAAGCCCCUCCAACGAGAUCGCUUUCUACCAGGUUGCUAGUGGACAGCUGACAUCAGCAGAUAGCCGGCUGAACGUGUCCUCCAAUGGCUCCCUGAUCAUCCGUGACCUCAUCCUCAAUGACACUGGUGACUACUUCGUACAAUUUCUUGAUCCCACAAGCAGCAAGAUAGUAACAGCAGAAGGAUAUUUAGCCGUGUAUGGGCCACUAUCCAAACCUACCAUCAGCAGCACCAACAUGGCCCCAGUGGAGAACAAGGACAAUGUCUCCUUGACGUGCCAGUCUGAGAGUCAAGAAGUCACAUACCUGGUUUGGUACAUAAACCAAAGCUCGCCAGCUGGUGACAGGAUAGUGCUGUCCCUGGAUAACAGGACACUCACUAUAAUCAAUGUCACAAGGGAAGACCAAGGACCCUAUGAGUGUGAAGUCCAGAACCCAGUUAGUGUCAAUAGAAGUGACCCAUUCACACUGAAUAUUACUUAUGGCCCGGAUACCCCCAUGAUUGUCCCCACAGAACCUAAUUACCCCGUAGGGGCAACUCUUGAGUUGUCCUGCUCUGCUGACUCUAACCCACCUGCCCAGUACACUUGGCUUAUCAAUGGAAUACAGACGGUGUUCACACCCCAGCUCUCUAUUCCUAACGUGUCGCUGAAUCACACUGGAACCUAUACCUGUAGUGCAUCUAACUCAGUCACUGGUCUGUCUAGCAGCAAAGACAUCAGUAUCACAAUCUCUGAAAUAGCAUCCAAACCUAACAUCACUGCAAACAGAACCAACGUCACUGAGAAUGGCACUUUGGUCUUCACAUGUAGCACAGAACAUGAGGGGAUAAAGAUUCUAUGGCUCUUCAAUGGCACAUCCCUGUCACUCAAUGAGAGGCAGUACCUGUCUGACAAUGACCAGACCCUCACCAUCCAGAAUGUGACAAGGAAGGAUGCUGGGUCCUAUCAAUGUGAAGUCUGGAAUCCAAUCAGUUCCAACAGAAGUGACCCCCUGGAAGUGACUGUGAACUAUGGACCAGACUACAUCCUAUUUUCACCGAAUCCUGUAACAGAUGAGAUUCAGGUCAUACUCCAAACGUCAUUGACCUUAGUAUGUCAGGUUGAGUCUUACCCACCUGCACAGUAUGAAUGGCGAGUCAAUGGCACUGUGAACCCUGAGUUCACCAAUAACACCUACGUCAUCAAAAAUGCAUCUUGGGAAGAUUCAGGACAGUAUACAUGUUUAGCAUGGAACAACAUAACUGAGUUGUCAGUGGCUAAGGACAUCACAAUCAGUGUGGUUGCAGAACAGUCUCAGAAAGGCUCCUCACUCUCUGGAGGGGCCAUCGCUGGCAUUGUGAUUGGAGUCCUAGCUGCAGUGGCUCUCAUUGGGGCACUCAUCUAUUGCCUGAGCUUCAGAAACACUGGAGGGGCCAGCGAACAUCAUCAUACAGAGCACAAAUCCUCAGCACCCAACCACAGGCAGACCUACUCUGACAACUCACCUAACAGGACUGAGGAAGUAUCCUAUGCCUCCUUGAACUUCAGUGCCCAGAAACCACUUGCCACGGAUCAAUUACACCACCCAAGGACAUGGUUUAUUCCGAAAUCAAAAAGAAAUGACCCGUCGUUCUUCUUGUCUGCCCUGGGGAUGGACACAUUGACUGUGAUCUUCCCCCAGCUUCCUCAAGCUCUGCGACACCAGCCUCGUGCAGCCCAGCUCUACCGCAUUCCCACCAACCUCAGGGAAGGAGGAGGAGGGUGGGCCUCCUGUCACCCUGGAGGCUUCCCAGGCGGGCCCCUCCCCUCCAUUGUCAACAGAGGACAGGGACACAUUGGGCGCUUCUCGAAGCUCACCUUCUUUCUCUCUUCAAAAGUUGGCAGCCUCUCCUAGAAGAGGGUGGCCAUCGAGACAUCUCAUCCCUGGCACUCUCCAAUCACACACCUGUGCCUCCCUCUCUGCUCCAAGCACAAUCAUCAGGCGUGCCCCUAGCUUGGCCAGUUAGGACAAUGUGAACUGGGGCUGCUGCCCCCUGACCAGAAGCUAGCAAAGGGAGGAGCAGCUGCUAGACCUGGACUCAGGACUGGUUGCAAAGCUUAGCUCUUCGGCUUACACCGUCCUUCUGACCUUGGGAGACUUCCCUCCCUUCCACCUCAGUUUCUCCCUCUGUAAAGUGAAGAAGUUGGAUUGAUGAUCUCUAGGGACUUUUAUAGCUCUAGACCCUGUGACUCUGAGCCAGCAUCUGAGACAGUCUCUGGAAGGGGGAAAAGUGACAGCCACCAUCAGCCCAACACCAGGUUUUCCAUUUUCUGUCUGGACUCUGCUGUCCCUGCCCUGCCCUUCCUAUGCCUAUCCUUCCUCCCCAGCAAGGAAGGGGGUUUACGGGGGAGGACAAGAGCUCAGAGACCAUCUUCAGCAGGCACUUUACUACCCAGUCCACCCAGGGAGGGGAAUGUUCCCUGUUUUAAUGCACAGCCCAGUUUCCUGAGCACUACCAGAAAGCUGUUAGCCAGAACCCUAAGGGAAUUCCCUAUGGAAAAGGCAAAAGUCCAACCCAGAGGGCUUUCAAAGUCUUUACCAUCUCUGCUCAGGGAAGCUGCCCAGAGAGAUAAGAGGACCAGAUCAGCAAUGAGUCAUUGUCACCUUCCAGAAAAAUCUGGGGGAAGGGGGGAUGGGCAGUGGAAUCCACACUAGCCCAGAGAAAACUUGGCCUCUGGUGGGUGAAUGUUGGGACAAUGCAAACAUCUGGCUGUUAUCUUUCCAUUUUCUGGGUCUUUUCAGCCCAAGAAGGAUGGGAAAAGGGGCUGGUAGAACUCUGGUGUUUGUCUUUUACUUAACUGCCUUAUCUAACCUGCUUGCCUAAUGCAGAAGCUUCCAGUCCACUCAGUGUUCUAUUACCCUGGUCCCUGUGGCUUCCCAGGGAUCCAGUCAAGGUCUCCAGACAGGAAUGGGAAGGAAGGUGAGAGUAUCUUCUCAAAGUAGGGAGAGGGGAUCCCAGCAGUCACUGGAGACAUCAGUCAGCCAGCUCCAUGGUGCCCACACCUCCUCUCCCCCCCUGCACCCAUGCACAAUCCACUGCCUCUGUCACCCCCGCAUACCCUUUCAGGAAACAAUGGCCUCUACCUAAGGCAUGUUGUGUGGGUGGGUUUGGCCCCCUGGCACAUUGGAAGCUCCCCCAGGGGCCGUGUUUACACUCCCACGGGCAGCAGAGACUUCAUACUGGUGCUGAGGUCCCCAGGGGAGAAUGAAGGAUGCAACCCACAAAUCUGUCUUGCCUUCCCCAGCCAUUGGGAAUCUUUCUCUGGGAGCUUCACCCAUCACAAAUAGCUCCAAAAAGCCCCACCACCCCCAACUAGAAUCACAGAAUAAUAUCAGAAUGGUGGAAGAUCCCAGAAGUCAUCUAGUCCAGCUCAAACCAGAGCAGGGGGAGAGGAAGAGAAGGGGGAGCUUAGCUUUCUAUCCAGCCUUCUACAGGGUUGGGCAGGAAGGUUUUCUAUCCAGUACUUCUAUCCAGCUCACCCUGAAUCCGAGGGGUCUCUCAUCAUAAAGAAGAUCCCCAUAGUGAGGUCUCAGUGCUGAAACACCUUUUCCAUGACUCACUCCCCAAGAUCCAAAGACUGUACCCCCUCUCACCAGAUCCAGACUGGGGUAUUUAAUUUUACAUGGCCCAAGGACGUUUCUCUCUCUCUCUCUCUCUCUCUCUCUCUCUCUCUCUCUCUCUCUCUCUCUCUCUCUCUCUCUCUCUCUCUCUAAUGACUGUUUGUAAAGUUGAUUUGCUAUCUAUUUAUAAUAAAAAUGAUAUCAUUCAAACAUGAA